UCUAGUUCCAGAUUAUCGAGAUUAUUAUAUUUUAAACUUUUUCACCGUUAGCUGUCGUCAUCUGAAAAUCAUCGUUCAACGAUAAUUGAAUAUUCCCAUAGUACGAACUGUGACAUAACAACAACAUAGAGAACGGAAGAAGUUAUUUCCUGUGUUUUAUGAUAAAAGAACUAAUUUUGUCAGCAGAAAUGCUUUUAAUUUGCCGUAAACAAUGAACCUUCUUAGAAAAAUGUUUACAAUUAACCCCGCGCGCAGAAUUGCGUCGAAUAUGUCACGCCACUUUUGGAGUUAAAAAAAUCAUAAGGGGCUUUUAAUUUAUUUUUUGUCAACAGUUUGAGUGGCGAAGAUUGGCGCUUUUCAGGUUAUUGACAUCACAAAUCAGAAUUCACGAGCUUAGAGCAAAGGUCGCACUCAUAAGAUUUAGCGCAUUGUCGAGUUCUCAGUCAGUUCGAUCAUGCGAAGGCAAUUCGAUUUCCGCUUGUUCGCCAUCAUCAGUUUUUUAACCGUUUUAGUAGUUAGCUUUUCGUCUUUAAAUGUUCGUCUUCCAAGUUUAUCACCUUUGCUUUCAAAGUACUUGGUUUCUGACGCUGCGUCGCAUCAAACCAGAGACUCGCCACGAAGGAGUUUGCUGAUCUUAGGAAAAGGUCGCUCAGGAACUAGUUUUGUGUCCAAGAUGUUUGCAAGCACGGAUCGGAUUUUCGAGGUCUACGAGCCGUUGCGAUUUCACUACCUUACAAACGUCGAGAAGUUACAAGUUCUGCAGGCAUUCCUCUCCUGCAGGUUUAAACCAAGUAAUUUAUGGAAAAAAGACUAUUUUCCACCAUUUUGGUACAUAAAAGAGACGAAAUACUACGUCGAACCGAGCAAAAACUUGGCCUGCGUAAAAUACCGGAGUGGACGAAAGCGUUGUUUUCCUGCUGGUAGACUGUUUCGAGGAUUUCUUGAUAAAUGCAGACAGAAUUUUGACAACACGGUUGUUAAGGAGCUUUCUGAUCGCCUCCCACACAAACGAUUGUCAAGUGUGAUACCAGAAAUUAUAGACCGCACAGACAAUGCUGAUAUCCGAUUAUUGCACGUGGUACGUGAUCCUAGGGCAAAUAUCAAUUCAAGAAUAAGAGUGGGUUGGAUGCCGGAUUACAAAAAUGCAACCUUUGAGCAAAAGGUUCAAACACAUUGUGAUGAAAUAGUUGAAAACAUUGAGUUUGGCCAGCAGCUCAACAAGUCUCUCAAACACAGAUACAAACUUAUUACAUACCGGGAUAUCGCAGCCAGACCGGUUGAUACGGCUCGAGAACUCUUCAAGUUUGCAGGUUUUAAUAUGUCUGACAAGACUUUGAAGUGGAUCCUAGACAGGACAAAUCCAGACCACUCAAUCGAAGCCCCUUCACAGUUCAAGAAACCGUACUCGUUAGUAAGGGAUUCUAAAGCGAACAUUGACAAAUGGAGAGGCGAGUCGCCUCCCGAGCGGACUCGUCUUAUAGAAAAAAUAUGUCAGCCACUGCUGGAACUUUUGGAGAAAAUACGUUUUGAGCGAGAGUACUUGUUGGUUUAG